GCUGUGAGGGCAAUGAAAGUGUCUUGUCAUUCUCGAGCCGGCAUCUGCGCCUGAGCCUUGCUGGUGAAAAGAAGAAAGAAAAAAAGAGAAAGAGCGAGAGAGACAUUUGGAAGAUUCUCGUUUCGAGAUCAUCCCCAGUUCAACUUGUCUGCUUCCUCGCACUCGAAGUCUCUUAGAGUCAUUCGUUCACUCACCUAAACUCACUCACUCUCAUUUUCUAACUCUCUACACACACUCGUCGACUUUUCUACAGCAACCAUGACGACCAUUGCUCAUGGUCAGUACCCGCAGCGGCGGCCAAAUGGGCUGUGGCGCGGCACGUCUGCCAUGAUCAUGGGCCUCACUACGACCCUCUCGAAAGGGUUUCUGAGCGGGUUGAAUAACCUGGAGGUGAUUGGUCUGGACAACUUUGUCGAGCUGUUGGAGAGUAGAUCUGAUCCGUAUGAGAGGCAGAGAGGUCUCAUCACAGUCAGCAAUCAUGUAUCAGUGAUGGACGAUCCACUCAUAUGGGGCGUGCUCCCCCUCCGCCUCGCCUUCCAGCCCUGGACCCUCCGCUGGGGGCUCGGCGCCCACGACAUCUGCUUCAAAAAUAGGGCCUUCGCGACCUUCUUCACCCUGGGCCAGGUCGUGCCCAUCCACCGCAGCUGGCACUCGACCCACGCAGGCCUCUUCCAGCCGUCCAUGACCCAGGCCAUCCGCCUGCUAUCCGCCUAUCCCUUCAAGACCCUGAAAGAGCACCAGGCCGUGGCUCCGCCGCAGCCCAAGACGGUCACCGUGCAAUCGCUCCUGGCCGACCUCCGCGACCCUUUCACUGAGGGCGGGCUCACCUACUCCACCACGGGCCACGACGUGCACACGGCGCCCUCUGCUUUCCUGUCGAAUCGCCACGCGUGGGUGCACGUCUUUCCCGAGGGCCUGGUCCACCAGCACCCGGAGCGGCAGAUGCGCUACUUCAAGUGGGGGGUGUCCCGGUUGAUCCUUGAGGCAGAGCCCAUGCCCGACGUCGUGCCCAUGUUCAUCGACGGCACGUGCGAGGUUAUGCACGAGGACAGGGGGUGGCCGAGGUUCAUCCCCCGAGCGGGCAAGGACGUAAGGGUCGCGUUCGGCGACAAGCUGGACAUGGAGCACACGUUUGGGGACCUGCGGCGGAGGUGGAAGGGGCUCGUCAAGAAAGAGGCCGAGAAGCGAGACGCAGACAUCAGAGCGGCUGAGGACGAGAUUGAGAGGGCCACGAGGCUGAAAGCGCCGGAUGUCCUGCGGAUUGGCGAGCUUACGGACGAGCUCAAGUACAACAAGGAAGCGCAGGAGAUCCGGAUCGAGGUCGCCAGGAGGGUAAGGGACGAGGUGGUCAAGCUUCGGAGGAGCCUAGGCUACCCGGACGAGGACCCCAGUUUCGGGCUGGCGGAGACAUGGGCGAAAGAUCCCAAAAAUACGAAGAAGAGUCCCGUCGACGGAAGCAUCGAGAAGCCCAGCACAUAAGAAAAGAAGACAAAAGCUAAAGAAAGAGAGCGACUGAUUAUUAAUGUUUACCAACUUAUAGACUUCCAACCAAGUCGACGACACAAGGUCCUUCGUCCCAAGGUUGAAAAGGAAAUAGAAAACAUACAACAAUAGAACAUUCCAACCACCAGCAGCAAUCGGUGACCACACCACCCAAUCCUCAAUUUCACCUUCACCUAUUUUAAAGCUCAGACAAAGCUACCAUCAUCCCAAGAGCAACCAUCAGCCCAACCACACCCGAAACAACCCAGCCAAGCAGACCGCCUCUCGCGCCCGCCAUCCCAAACACCUGCGUCAUAGGCCUCACCGCAGCAGCCGCCGCCGCCGAAGUGGACGAGCUCGACGCCGCCCCGCUGCCCGUCUCAGACGAGUACUGCGUGCUGCUCCCCACCGUCGUCUCGAUCGUGGAGCCGCCGCUGGUGAUGGUGCUCACAACAGGGACGGUGCUCACGGGCGUCGAGCUGCCGCUUCCCCCUCCGCCGGUGCCGGUCUCGGUGCCACUUCCGCCAGAGGAUGCCGUAUCGGCGGUGGUGCUGCCGCCGCCACUGCCGCCCGCCACGCCUCCUCCUGAUGCUGUCUCUGUGGACGUCCCGUUGUCGGCGGUGCCGGUGCUGCCGGUGCUGUCGUCGCCGGCGUACAUGGUGGACGAUCCGACUGUCGUCUCCAUGGUCGAGCCGUCCAUGAUGGUCUCGGUGGAGAUGAUGGGGAUUGUCGAUAUGGGCAUGCCCGUCUGUGAAGCAGUGUCGGCGCCGCUGCCGGAGCCACCGACAAUG